AUGUCCAGCUUCAUACGUCCUGAUGCAGAGGACAACACCUCACUCAUAUCUAUUCAGUCGCAUAAUCCAGGCCCAGAUACAUUGACGAAACUCGUCAAACGACUUCGUGGAUUGACUCUGGUUCUUCUCCCUGUUGAAGUCGAUCCUUCCAGCAUCAAUGAUCCAACGAGCAGAGUUAUCACUCCCCAGGUUAUAUCUGCCUACAGAGCGGCUGCAGGCGAUUUCACGGAGGCCCUUCCGUAUUGUCUGUUACGUGCAAGAGCAGAGUUCAUGUGGGACGCGAAUCACAAUCCAGCUGAUUAUGGUGAAAAUCUCGGAAGAGCCGUUGCUUGCGAAGUGCUUGCGCGUAGGAUCGUGCAUUUAACCGAACCUGGCAAGAUAAAGGACAUUAUGGCGAAGAGGUUUCAGCAUCGUCAAGUCGACGGCGACGAGAGUGAGAUGUCUAGCGCGCUCGAAAUGGCCAUUGACCAGCACUGUACAAUAUUUUUAUCGUCAAGUGAAGCUCAGGAAGUCGUCAAUGCCCUUUGGACUGGCGACCUUAUCCAGAUAAAUAACAAGCACCAUGACAUCGACUACGUACCUUAUUCCGAUACACGGGAACAUACUUUCUCGGGCCAUUUUGACCCAUCGCGUCUAUCUGUGCCUAGGUAUCAAAACAUCUUCCGCAUUUCAGUUUGGCUUUUUUUCCUCUUCGUCUAUUCUCAAGCCGUCCGUGAACCCCUCGAACGCCUUGACGAAGCUCAUGAGAAUAAUCUAGACGAAUGGGAGAUUGUUCUUUACGUCUUGUCCCUGUCGUUCAUUGUGGAGGAUCUUCACAAGUUUUUUACUCUGCUCCGUUUCGUAACUUACCGAGCUUUCACUUUCUGGAGUGCAAUAGCAUUUAUCACAGAUUCUCUCUUGUUGACCGCAUUUACUGUGCGCAUUGUGGGGCUUCACGCAACAGGCGAGCGUAGUUCGACAAUGCAUCUUCGAAGUUUCCAAGUCCUUAGUUGCGUCGCGCCCUUUAUCUGGAUGAAACUUGUCACCGUGUUCGACGGGUACAAGUACAUUGGCACAAUGCAAAUCUGCGUAGCCCGCAUGCUGAAGGAAUCCGGGAUAUUCUUUGCUCUUCUCUCGGUUUUGGCCAUUGGAUUUGCUCAAGGUCUUUACGCUUUGGAUGCCGCUGAUGGAAAUGCUGAGGCGCCGUCGUCGGUUCUUAAUGUUCUUGUGCAGGCUCUGUUACAAUCUCCCGAUUAUGAAAAAUUCAGCUCCAGCCCUACUGGACUGAUCCUAUACUACUUAUGGAACGCAGUCACUGCCAUUGUUCUCCUCAACGUCUUGAUAUCUCUUUUCUCCUCUGCAUAUUCUGAUGUUGUCGACGACGCAGAAGCCCAAUACCUCGCUUUUUUCGCAAGCAAGACCGUGGGCAUGAUCAGAGCCCCUGAUUCUUAUGUUUACCCUGCUCCUUUCAACUUGAUCGAAGCCGUAUUCGUUGCCCCGUUCGAAUUUCUGCCGUUUUUAAGGCUCGGCGAAAAACGCUAUGCAAAGCUCAAUCGCUAUGUUAUGGACACCAUCUUCUUUAUUCCCUUGGUGUUCAUUGCCUUCUUUGAAUCAACGUUUGACAGGCGAAAGCACACUUGGAUGAACAACUGGUUCCGAGGAAACGAUGAAGGCGACGAGGAUUCUCCAGCCAACCGGAAUCCGAUAGUCGAUGAUCCCAAUUGCCAAGGGUUGGAGAUUACCAAGGUCUCUUUCGAAGAAUUGAUCAAAGUAUUCCCCAACACUUCGCAGUCUACUGAGGCGACUAUCAUAAAAGAAAUCGAUGGUGUCAGGAAGCAAUUAGGCCAAUUAAUGGAAAAACUCGACAAGUUGCAGACCUGA